CUCCCUUCUUGGUGAUUUCUUCCCUUCCCGCGGAUCCUCCUCGUCCUCACCUCGUCUGCCAGCACGAACCAUCCAACCUCCCGACAUCCUGCAUCGACGCUUCGCUCGCGUGCUGGCCUCCCUUCCCCAGCAUGUCAUCCUCGGACAGCCCAAAAGUGACAGAAAACAAAGCUGACAAAGACCAUGAUAACGAAGAGACAGGAGGAUUCUUGGGCAAGGUUAAGGAUUUCAUCCAAGACAUUGGUGAAAAGAUUGAAGAAGCAGUUGGCUUUGGAAAGCCUACCGCCGACGUUACUGGAAUCCACAUACCUCAGGUCAGCCUUGAGAAGAUAGAGUUGAUCGCUGACGUACUCAUAGCAAACCCAAACCCUGUCCCUAUCCCUCUAGUCGACAUAGAGUACCUGAUUGAAAGCGAAGGGAGGAAGCUCGUCUCUGGAACAAUCCCGGACUCUGGAACCAUUCAAGCCCAUGGGUCAGAGACUGUAAAAAUCCCAGUGAUGCUCAUCUAUGAAGACAUCAAGAGCACAUACGGUGAUAUCAAGCCCGGGAGCAUCAUCCCUUACACGGUCAAAGUUGUCCUCCACAUAGACGUCCCGGUAAUCGGCAGGAUCUCGAUACCUCUUGAGAAAACCGGUGAGAUCCCAGUGCCUUACAGACCAGACGUGGAUAUCAGCAAGAUCAAGUUUGAGCAGUUCUCUUUUGAGGAGGCAACCGCGACGCUCCAUCUGAAUCUCGACAACAAGAAUGACUUCGACUUGGGGCUGAACUCGAUGGAUUACGAGGUGUGGCUCUCCAACAUUAGCAUUGCUUCUGCUGAGAUGAAAGAGUCCGCGAACAUCAAGAAGCAGGAAGUAACAACUAUGAACUUGCCCAUCAGUUUCAGGCCUAAGGAUUUUGGGUCUGCUAUGUGGGAUAUGAUAAGGGGAAGGGGCACUGGUUACACCAUAAAGGGGAAUAUUGAUGUGAACACUCCCUUUGGACACAUGAAAAUACCUAUAAGCAGAGAGGGUGGAAUUACUCGCCUGAAGAAGGGAGAUGAUGACGAUGAUAAUGACGAGGACGAGAAGUGAGGAGAAUGGACUUUUUUUCCCGAGCUUCUGUGUGUUGAUGUAACCUGCUCUUCUUGACGCUUCCUGAGUGUUUGAUUAAGAAGUACUCAAGAAUCAAGAACAUAUGAUUAACAUUUAAAUAAUGCAAGGAUAUCUAUUGUAGAGUUUGUUUACUCAUAGUUUUGGUGUCAUUUUGAUCGACGAUGUUAUGCGAUUUUUCUAUUCCCACUUAUACGGUUAGUAGAUCUUCGUUAUGUAUGUAAAAUGACCAUUUUACUCAUGUAUGAUUGUUUACUUUAAUUCUCUAUGCCAUCAUAA